AUGGCAUGGGAGAAAGUCAUUGCCCCUAUCGAAUACGGUGGUCUUGGCUUCGGUUCGCUUCGUGACGCCAACUUGGCGAUGUUGUCAAAAUGGUGGUGGAGAUUUAAAACGGAUAAAGAUGGUAUUUGGAGAAGAGUUAUAUGGUCGGUCCACCAUAAUGCGAGGUCGUGGUCUCCUGUCCCAGCAAAAAUUUCUAUCCCCGGUCCGUGGAAGCAAAUUGUGAGUGUCCAACAACCUCUUACUUUAGUUGGUAUAAAUCUGCAGGAUCUUAUUUGGUGUAAUGUGGGCUCCGAGUCAAAGGCUUUGUUUUGGUUGGAUUAUUGGAUUGGUACACAACCUCUUUGUACUAUGUUCCCUCUCCUGUUCGCUCUUGAAGUUGAUAAAUUGUGUAGUAUUCCUCAAAGGGUGGUUUGGGAAUCUGGGGGUGCAAGUUUAGACGUGGUUAUGGAAAAGGAAUUUAAUCUGUGA